UUUACAAACAUUUCACGGUCGGACGAUCGCACAAUGUGACAAGUUGACAUGACAAAAUAAACAUUGAUUGGUAAUGUUUGUUCGUAAUCAUAUUCACGAGUGAAGUUGAAAUUGACGAAAAGGGACUCAGGGUUUCGAGAAAAAGGUAUCUAUCUAGGAUCUUACAAGAUGCCAGACGGUGAGCCCCUCGAACCUUUCUACGUGUCGGUGAUCAUAACCCUCCUCACGUUGGUCACAUGGUUGUACGACAUCAUCACAUACUUCCCAUGUUACCUUGCAUCAUCCGUCGCUCGUGAGCGAGUCAACCGAACCAAAGCCGUCAAUGUCGGGACGGACGGCUCGGGUCCGUACCGAGAUGCCUCGUUCCCGGACAAGUUGUUGACUCAUCGUUAUGAGAAGUCUGUGACGUUGGAUGCGGAGUUUGAACGGGCGACCUUUAAGUUUGACAAGAUGCCUUGUCUUGGGACUAGAGAAGUUUACAAGGAGGAAGACGAGAUGCAGCCAAAUGGGAAAUCUUUCAAGAAGCUGGUGAUGGGAGACUAUGUGUGGCAGUCUUACGAGGAAGUGUUCAACGAUGUGGACUGGUUUGGGCGUGGCCUUCGUAGCUUGGGGCUUGGACACAAAGAGAAUGUCCUCAUCUUCUCCGAGACUCGAGCUGAAUUCCUGAUCGGACUUCAGGCUGGAUUCAGAUACGGCUUCCCUGUUGUGACUCUGUAUGCUACACUGGGAGAGGAUGCCAUUAUCCAUGGCAUUAAUGAGACACAAGUUAGUACCGUCAUCACAAGUGCAAGUCUACUGCCAAAGUUUAAGGCAAUUCAUGACAGAAUACCCAGUGUGAAGAACAUAAUCUACAUGGAUGAUCAGAUCUCAAAAGUCAACACCGAUAGCUUCUCCUUGGAUCUUGAGCUCUGCUCUUUUCAAUCUGUAAUUGAGCGUGGCAAAGCCGCCCAAGAUUUUUCACGAGUGAUGCCCACACCUGACGAUCUUGCUGUCAUCAUGUACACCAGUGGCUCCACUGGUGUCCCUAAAGGUGUGAUGAUAUCACAUAGGAAUAUCAUGUCAAUGGUCGCCGGUGCAGGGAACCGAAUUCCUCACUCUAGUGGUGUUCUUCAACUUAUUCCGGACGAGACCUGCGUCUGCUUUUUGCCUCUUGCACACAUCUUGGAGGUGGUGCUUGAGUGUACCCUUCUCUCCAGUGGCUACAAGCUUGGGUACUCGUCAGCCUUGACCAUGACCGAUAUCUCAAGCAAGAUCAAGAAGGGGUCAAAGGGCGAUGUGACGAUCCUCAAACCAACCAUCAUGGCCGCUGUUCCUCUGAUCUUUGACCGUCUCUACAAAGGUGUCCUGGACAAAGUCAACAGCGGUUCGGCCAUACAGAGGGCGCUGUUCAAGUUUGCGCUGGAUUAUAAAAUGAAGCACAUUGCACAAGGAUUCGACACACCUAUCUUCAACAAGUUGGUCUUCUCCAAGCUUCGUAAAUUGCUCGGAGGCGAGAUGAGAUUUGUUCUUACCGGGGGUGCUGCGCUGUCGCACAGCGCACAACGCUUCAUGCAAUGCUGUUUCUGUGUUAGCGUCACUCAGGGGUAUGGGCUGACAGAAACCUGUGGGGCUGGAACCAUUGGUGAACCUGGUGACUACAGGACCCGCCAUGUUGGUCAACCGAUAUCCUGCUGUGAAAUCAAACUCAAGGAAUGGAAGGAAGGGAACUACACACCAGAGGACAAGCCUAACCCACGGGGAGAGAUUCUGAUUGGUGGAGGUAACGUUGCCAUGGGUUACUACAAGAAUGAAGCCCUGACUGAGGAAUACUUUGAAACUAUUAAUGGACGACGUUGGUUCCAUACCGGCGACAUCGGGGAAGUGCUUGCGAAUGGUACCCUUAGACUUAUUGAUCGUAAGAAGGAUCUAGUGAAGCUUCAGACAGGGGAGUACAUCUCCUUAGCAACCAUAGAAACCGUCCUAAAGAAGAGUCCCUUCGUUGAGAAUAUCUGCGUCUACGCUGACGGUGAUUUUGACUAUUGUACUGCUUUGAUUGUGCCUUACAGAAAGAAUCUUGAGAGUGGAGCGGUGGAGCAAGGCUUAUCCAACAUGUCAUUUGAGGACUUGUGUGACGACAUAAAAAUGCAGCAAGUGGUUCUGGUUUCGAUGGCGAAAACUGCUAAGGAGGGUAAACUGCAGAAGUGGGAGGUACCACGGAAGGUCAAACUUUGCUCCGAGGUCUGGAUGCCGGAAUCUGGUCUAAUCACCGAUGCCUUUAAGCUCAAACGUAGAGCAAUCGCUGACCAUUACAAGGAUGACCUUAAGGGCAUGUAUUAUGGGAAAUAGAUAGAACGGGGCGGACACAGGAUGGACUUCAUAGGUGUAUGCGACAGCCCUCCCCCUGCCACUUCAACAAGUAAGAUUUCUACCUCCAUGGUAGUAGAGAAGUCUCCCUAAUUCUAAGACAUCUACUACGUGAUAGUAGAAUAUAUAGCAAGACAAGUUCUUAAAAGAACAUUACCCAGCAAGUAGAUACGUGCACAUGGUGUUACCACAAACCAAACAUACAUUGAUAUCUCACCAUGCACUACCUCAAAUCCCAUAUAGGAAGUGUCAUCAUCGAUCAGCUAAGAUGAUUAGCAAUAUCAAAGUAAUUAGUAAAAGGAUCAUUAACUGCAUUUGAAAAUGGAUUAAGUGUGGUGCAGUAUGUGGUCCAAAGGUGAAGCCUGGGCCCAAUUUCAUAGAGCUGCUUAAGCUGAAAAUAUUCCAUAAACAAAUUUCUGCUAAGCAGACAUG